AUGCAAAUGGGCCUCCAGUCUGAAAAGCUAGCUUUUGUUACCGGUGCCAACGGCAUCAGCGGCUUUGCAAUCACCGAGCACCUCGUUCGACAGCCCAGGGAGGAAUGGUCUAAGAUCAUUGUGACAUCGAGACGACCGCUCCCAAAUCCCUGGAUCGACCCGCGUGUCGAGUUCGUCGCCCUCGAUUUCCUCGCUCCUUUGGAGAAGAUCAUUGCAAAGAUGAAAGAUAUCUGCGCCCCGGUUACGCACGCAUUUUUCACGUCCUACGUCCACAACGACGAUUUCAGGGUCCUCCGUGAGAAGAAUGUUCCUCUGUUCCAUAAUUUCCUCGACGCGCUGGAUACUACGGGUGGCAAGUAUUACGGAGUGCAUCUCGGUCCUGUCAAAGUUCCUCUGGAGGAGGACUUUCCCCGUUACAAUGACCAGGGGUACAAUUUCUACUACAGUCAGGAGGACUAUCUGCGGGCAGUUCAGAAGCGACGGCGCACCUGGUCGUAUAAUAUUAUCCGUCCAAAUGCCAUAAAUGGAUUUGCACCUCACGCCAUGAAUGAAGAGCCAGCUCUAAGUGAUCCGCGAUUCUCUAGCAAACAGCAUGUCGGGGCAUUAACCAUUGUCAUCUACAUGCUUAUCUGCCGUGAGCUUAACGAGCCCGCCAAAUUCCCCGGCAAUGAGUACUUCUGGAACUCCGUUGAUGACAGCUCUUAUGCUCCUAGUCUUGCUGAUCUUUCAGUCUGGGCCGUAAGCCACGACCACUGCAAAGAUGAGGCCUUCAACCACGUGAAUGGUGAUGUCUUUGUGUGGAAGUACCUGUGGCAGGACAUUGCGGAGUACUUUGGCCUUAAGGUCCCUGAGCCCAAGUUCGAAAAGGCUGCUGGUCAAGCUGAAACCCUAAGCAAUGAGAUUGACAUGGUGGAAUGGGCAAAAGAUAAGAAGGAGGUAUGGGAGAGAGUAGUCCAGAAGUACGGGGGCAAGCGUGAAGCCUUUGACUGGGGCACAUGGGGGUUCUUCAACUGGGCUACAGGUAAGUCAUGGCUGAUGAUCUCAUCAAUCAGCAAGGCUAGGAAAUUCGGUUGGCAUCGGGUUGAUAAGACACUCGACACCUGGAUCGAAACAUAUCGGUCAUUUGAGAACGCGGGUGUUCUUCCGUCGCAUAGGGAGUUGUUACAAAAUAGUUAAGGCUACUGAAAGACGGUCUCGAAGAGGAUCGACGGGUACGACUCGUGCAUCAUCACAUGGGCGAAUGUAUUUGACCGGGAUGAGGUUCCAGUCAUGCACCUCAGAUUCCUGCCCAGAACGUAUUCCAUAUCCUUUGGAUAGAAACGGAAUUACGUGAAACGCUGAGUCA